AGGGUCCUCUCUCCGGAUCCAGCAGGAGUCUGAACUCUGCCUGCGGACCGCGCAGCCGUUUGUCCGUCCCACCAGAAGCCGUGCUGCUGUCAGUGCUCCCUGCUGGAGCUGCUGCCGCUGAGCAUGUGCGCCUCUGCCUCGCGCCACAGGACAGAAGGGACGCAUCACAUCAACGCGCACAGGUUGCGGACAUGGAUCAGUGAGCGCGCGGUUUCCAGACAAGAGUGUUGUCACCAGGCCGUUUUUCAUCCCUGCAUCAUGGAGGCUCAGCCAGGUGCAUCAUGGGAGCUCAUCAGCGGAGUGACGGACACAAUAUAUGAGGACUGAGAGGUCGUCAUGGAGACUGGCAGCUACACCUCGGGCCCGGCCACCACCGACUGGGUCGGGACGGCGGGCGGCCUGGAGGGAAUGGACAUCCUUCAGGACCAGGAGGGAGGGGUUUCCCCCGGCGGCCCGGCGUCCUGGCACCUGCCGCACUCGCUGGGCUUCCAGGUGUCGCUCACCGCCUUCCUCAUGCUGGAGCUGGUGUUGGGUUUCAGCAGCAACCUGACUGUGCUGGUGCUCUACUGCUCUCAGUCCAACUUGGUCGACUCCGUCAGCAACAUGGUGACCGUCAACCUGCACGUGCUGGACGUGGUGGUGUGCGUGCUGUGCGUGCCCCUCACGCUGGUGGUGGUGCUCCUGCCCCCGGGGCCGAACCUGGCCCUGCUGUGCUGCUUCCACGAGGCCUGCGUCACCUUCGCCAGCAUCGCCACGGCCGUCAACAUCCUGGUUAUCAGCCUGGACCGGUAUGACAUCUCGGUGCGGCCGGCCAACAGGCUGCUGACGACGCGCAGAGCGACGCUGCUCCUGGCCGCCGUCUGGGUCACGUCGGUCGCCGUGUUUUUCAUCCCGUUCUUGGAGGUGCAGUGGUCCAGUGAAGAAGAAGAAGAGGAGGAAACGGGGCAGGUGACACCCUUGUCUCUGUCCUCGUAUGGCGCCGGCGCCACUGUGGUGCCGGCGCGGCGCAACCGGACCUUCCUGUGUCUUGGCGGUCACGGCUAUCACACGGGCAUGAGUGUGUAUUACCACCUUAUCCUCCAGAUACCCAUCUUCUUCACCACGGUGGCAGUCAUGCUGUUCACCUACUCCAGAAUACUGAGAGCUUUAAACAUCCGCAUUGGCUCCCACAUGAAAAAGAAUCAGCGGUUUAGGGGCCCCUCCUGCAAGGGGCACCACAAAAGACAGAAAAACGGGAAAGCGGACCUUAAAAUGAACGACGGCAGGGAGGUAGCGGGGGAGCAGUGCACCAUCGACGGGACCAAGCAGCUCAGCCAUCCUCCCCUCAUCCCUUCCCUGUCUCCGACCCCAACAGCUACCUCCCCCCCUGCCAUGUCCUCUUCCGCUCCGCUCGUCGCCUCUGACAUAGGCGCCGCCACCCCCGUGCCGGCGACCAUGGGCGUCCAGGCCUCCGUGUCGGCCAUCAUCGCGCUGCGGCGCGCCGUGCGACGACACCGGGAUCGGCGAGAGCGCCAGAGGCGGGUGUUCAAGAUGUCCCUCAUUAUAAUCACAACCUUUCUGGGCUGCUGGGCCCCCCUCUCCGUGACCAACGUGCUCAUCCUGGGCAUCGGCCCCAGCGACGUCCUGGUCAGCCUGCGCCUCUGGUUCCUCGCCCUGGCGUACGGCACCACGGUCUCCCACCCGCUCCUCUACGCCUUCACCAGACAGAAGCUACGCCGCGCCCUCCGCGCCAAGGUCAAGAAGAGGGUGGUGUCCCUGCUCCAAGUCGACCCUUCGCCGGGGGGCACGGUGAUACACAACUCCUGGGUGGAGAAGAGAAAAACCAGCCGGCAGGUGCGGCUGGAAGCGAGCGAUGGUACUGACCGCUGCCUGGCAGAGGCCCUGUGAGACGGAAACACACACACACACAGUCGGGCUGGCAUAAUUAAAAACCAGGAAAGAGUCACAGGUGUGCUCCAUUAUGGAACUCAAUGAUGCGAGAGGCCAGUGUAGGAAAUGUGAAAAACACAUUUCCACCCCUGGGAGAUGUUUUAAUGUAACCACCAGCAGCAAACCUCUGAUAAACACGGCUAGCGUUUAGCCUCAGGCUGCAGAGGAAGCGGGGUGCUGUCGUCACCGCGGAGCGCACAGCCUCUGCAGCUGAAGCCAGCCCCACAACAAACAGGUGUAUAUAAUUUUUCACUUUGCGAAAAAAAACGGAAAGUCAGUUUAAAUAUGGAGCCGCGUGAUGGUGCGUUCUCGGAGCCGUGUUUACAUAACCGCUCCGGAGAAUGUGUUUAGCCAGCAGAAAUAUAUGAUCUGCCUCCCACUCCAGUGCUCCAAGGCAGCUUUAAAAAAAAAAAAAAACGUUGAUACACUUCAAGAACUUAAGCCCCCCUCUUUGAAUGUAUUUAAUAUUAUGUCUGCCUUAAUUCUUCUAUGAAAGCUUGGCUAAAUGUUAUGUAAUGUAUUCUGAACAAUACGGGAAACAGGUUUGAUGUUCACAAGAGGGACGCGAUGACUACUACGUGAUUUUAUGUUGAUAUGUUGUAAAAGCAUCAGGGUGCAGAAGGGUCAGUCCACUGGGAGAAGGAUGAGAGACGCGUCAGAGAUCAAUUAAAAGUAUGAUAUUUUACGUUAGCAUAAGAGAUUAUUAUACUGUCAAAUGUUACAGUGUUUACAUACGAUUUUGCAACACUAUAAAUGCAACUCUUUUAUUCCUCAGUUUAUAUCGAGUGGUGUAAGAUCUGACUUGGUCUUACGGACAAUCUGUUUCUGCCAGUUUUCACAUUUUUAGCUAAAUUAAGCUAACCAGCCUGUAGCUUUAUUUAGAGUCUUCUUUUUUUUUUUUUUUUAAAUAUGAGAAAUUUCCUUAUCUGACUAUUGGGUCAGAUGAGAGGAUCAUAUUUCCAAAAAUGUCAAGCUACAUUUGUUUGGGGAUUAUAUGUGUGAAGACAGCAAGAAAGUUAGAGAGACACUGUAAAAUAGAUAAAAAUAACCAGAUAAGCUGUUCAAUAUAAUGCAGUGUAGUGCCACAUUACAGUCUCUAAAACAGUCAAAUAGUAUUUAUUAAAGGUCUGUUGUUCCGCAUUACAUUUACAGUUUCCCCCGCGACUCAGUCUGGAGGAUGCAAAAAAAGCAACGUCCCUCAUGUACAUGUUGUAAAUACUGACUGGAUCUAAAUUUAUUACGUGUGAAAUCUGCCGUACAAGUCACUUGGUGUGUAUCGGGGUAAUAGACUGACUUUUUAGCAGAUCGGAGGAGCGUUUCCAGUUGCAGCUGCCUCAUCUCUGUGUCAGCGCGCAGACAUGUGGUCCCAUGAGGUCAACGCAUCCUCUGGGUCAGGGGUGUAACUGUCAGUAGGACCGAACAUUGACAUAUUGCUGAGAUUAUUAAUAGAAAGAAUGUGUGUUGCUGCAAAGCUGCACUUAAACUGAGGGUCAUUGAUGUGGCCAUGUGACUCAUCACGCACACAAUUACUGAAUGUAAGCAUGUGAAAAUCUGCUAUAUUAUUAAUUAUUAUUAUUAUUAUUAUUAUUAUUAUUAUGUAUGUACACCAAGGAUAUGCUAUCUUUAUAGUUUUUCUCCAUUGUAUGGUGAAUGUAUCACACAACAGUGAGUAAAAAUCAAUAAAUAUGAAACAGUGAGGUCUGAAUGUGCUGCCUUUGUUGUGCGCUCACAUUUGUAUGUUUUUGCUUCCGGCCUUAUGCAACCAAAAAAAGUCUAGGAACCCCUGGUCUCGAUGGAAGCUGUGAUAACUGCAUGUUUCUGCAGGGAAUUUUGAUCUGAGAGAGAGAAAAAAUAAAAAAUAAAAAUGUGCCGUGAGGACAAUGUACAACUCCGUCCAUUUAGCCCACAUGAUUAUUAUCUCACCACCUAAAGGGAGGACGCCAAGUGUAAACACACUUUAUUUUGCACACUACAUUGUUAAUAAAAUCAGAAAUCAGCAAAUCA